ACAUUCUGAAUUCAAUUCUGAUUCUGAUAGAGAAACAACAUUACACUUUGAGGCUCUCUGCCCACUGCUCUGCAACCCCACCACACCAUACACCAUUCUCUUUUUCUCUCUCUCUCUAGACUCUCUCUAUAAUCUCUCUAGAGACUAGAGAGAAUAGAAUUUUAGUAUCCCAACGUGUGAGACUCUACACUCUCUCCUAUAGAUACACCAAAAAGAUUACAUUUUGCUCCUUGUUUUCUACUAUUUCAAUGUUUCUUCUUCUCCAAACCCAACAUUGAAAGUUUUUACCUUUCCAACUAUUUUCUUCAUUCUCACAUCCCAUCCCUUAUACUGUCUUGUUUGUUCCCCUCCAUCACUACUUUUUUUCUCUCUCAUUAUAAAUACCUAUUGAGGGAAUUUCUACAAGGUUAUUACUUUCUUUCUUUUUUGGCAAAGUUUCACACUUUACCUAAAUGGGUUUGUUGGAGAAGUUGGAAUGGGCUAAUGCUUAUGGAAUGAAGCAUUGUAGAGGCUUGUUUUGGAGGAUGAGGGCUGCAGUGAAGAGGGCUUUGAAGAAUGGGAAAAGACAGAGGCUCAUGUUUCAAUAUGAUCCUUCUAGUUAUGCACUUAACUUUGAUGAUGGAGGUGGUUCAUGUUCUCACCUUAGAGAUACUACGGUGAAGAAAUUCAUUGAUGAAGAUGAAGAUGGACAAGUUCAUGAGCUCAAAGACAUUGAUAACACAAUCUGGGUUUAUGUCAUUUGGGUCAAGAUUAAGUAAUUAUUAUAUCUCAAUGUUAGUUGAGGCAGAUUUGUUUUUUUAAUAUGUUUGGUAAUUUAUGUUCUUUGUAUGUUUCUAGUUUAGUACUGUAAUAUGAAAAACAUUGGCACUUUUUUUA